UUUAAUGAUUAGACAACAAGUCUGUUUGGGUGUGCUAAUCGUUGUGAAAUUGUAAAAGUUUUUUUUACCUGUGUUGUUUUUUUUGUCUCUCUGUAUCCCAACCAAUCCAUGGAUGUGAUCUAUUCCAGAUCGAUUAAAAUCCUUGAAUGGGUGAAACAGGUGAUCUACUCACGGGCAUGGCAAAAACGUAACUGUGUUAAGGGGCGGAAACUGUUACAGAAUAGCAUAGAUUUUAAAAUAUAGCAUACUGAAUUAUUACAGCCUAACCAACACCCAUCAUAUGAAUGAGCACUGGGUGAAGCAAGGAUCAGCACCAGAGCUCAGGGGGACAGCGCCAGUACAAACCCAAUUGGGUUGUCCUUUUCAUAAGGCUGACUUAACGUCUUUCUUCCACUAGAUGGCAGUGGCUAAACAAGUCAUUUUGGGCUUUCGCAGAAGGUUACGUUACCACAAGCAGAUUUUAUAUGCAUAGAAAUUAGCUGAGUUGUGGCUUUUGCUCGGGUUUCCAGUAGUUGACUACUCUAAGCUCCCGCCGUCUGGAAUCAGGUCACACCGGCGCGUUACGUAGAAGGUCCCCAGAUUUAAUUUAACUGUGGCCCCAGAACAUGGAGAGGCUGAUUAAGUUCAUUUAAUCGAUUUGCACGGGAUUGAGUGACGUGAGUUAACCAGUAAAUGUCACAGAAAGCGAGCGACAGGGAGGGGAGAGCAUCUGUGGGAAUCGCGCAAAAGAUUUUCCCUGCGAGGUUGUGAUCUACAGGAGUGGACGAGGGAUAUCGGCUUUGACCAGAUGACAAUACUGUCAAGAAGCAUGGAGGUGUCCUCGGUUGUUUUGUGCCUUCAGAUUCUUCUCUGCCCGACAUGGGCCCUGUCCUCCUUUGACCACAUAUACGACAUGUUCUCAGCUCAAGCCCUCAGGUCCUUGGAUGAGCCAAUGAGGGUUGACCCGUGCUGUCUCUUGGUCCCUCCCCCACUUCUCCCCCCUCCUCCCAUGCUGUGGAAGCGAGGGACCACUGUUGACCACCCACUGAUAGAUAGAGAUGGGGGAGAGGAGGAAGAUGGAAGGCAGAACCACCUGCCUGUAAUCUCUGUCUGUGAACGGGGACCCCCAGGACCUCCGGGACCCCAAGGCCCUGAGGGUUCCAGUGGAAUAGCAGGACUACAGGGACCCAAAGGUGAUAAGGGAGAGAUCGGACGGCCGGGGUCAAAGGGUCGUACCGGACCUCCUGGGUUACCAGGUAGACUGGGUCCACCCGGGUGGCCUGGCCCAGAGGGACCCAAAGGAGACAAAGGUGACUUGGGCCUGAUGGGACUCCCUGGGUUACGAGGACCUCCUGGGACCAAGGGUCUUCCUGGUUACAAAGGAGAGAAGGGCUCUCAUGGUGAUUUGGGCAUAGUAGGUCCAAAGGGAGACAAAGGUUCUAUCGGUCUGCCGGGGAUGCUGGGGCAGAAGGGUGAGAUGGGGUCAAAGGGUGACCCGGGCGUUCCAGGAAGACGAGGUCCCACUGGCCGACCUGGGAAGAGAGGAAAACAGGGUAUGAAGGGCCAGAGUGGCAUCUCAGGUCCAAUGGGCCCCCCCGGUCCUCCCGGUCCAGCUGGACACCCUGGACCACCUGGCCUACCUGCCUCAGGUCUGUAUGUUGUUGGGGAGAAAGGCGACAAGGGUGAAGUGGGACCUCCAGGUCACUGUGACUGCAGCCUCUACGGUGGCCACGCCCCUGUGGGAGGGUCCAACCAUGCCCCUGUGGGAGGGGCCAGCAAAGCCCUCUACGGCAGCUACACACAGCGUGGCAACUACCACAAAGUCCCGGCAAUCUUCAUAGUGGACGAUGAGGAGGGUUUGGAUCGUCUCCACACAGACAACGCCAUCGCUUUCCAGAAGGACCAGAGAACACUAUAUUUCAAAGACAAAGACGGCUGGCAACCCAUACAGCCGUUCCUGGCAUUCCAGUCCACUGAGAAAGUUCUGGAGGUGGGUGUGUGUGGGGACGGACUAGUGCAGGCAUCGAAUGAAGAAGAGUGUGACGAUGGCAACAAGGUCGUCACGGACGCCUGUCUUAAUUGUAAGUGGGCGUAUUGUGGAGAUGGUUACCGUCAUGAGGGCAUGGAGGAGUGCGAUGGGAAAGACUUUGGCUACCAGACCUGUAAUUCCUAUCUCCCAGGGUCUUUUGGCUAUCUCAGGUGUACCGAUUCCUGUUCCAUCGACUCUACUGGCUGCAAAUACUUCACCUAAACCAAUGAGAAGAUGGCACCACAGUGUCAGCAAUUUAGAUUGCCCCCCCUGCCCCCCCCCCCCCCCGUACCGGGUCUCUUUAUUGGUGGUUUAAACUUCAGCUGUGUGCUGACUUGUCCUCAGUAAGGUGACACACAGAAGGAAAUCAUAACAGCUUGAACGUCUGAAGCACUUUUCAAGGCACGAUAUGUUGUAUGCAUGGGACUGGACCUCCAAUGUGACUACACUGUUGAAUCCAAAUACUGAGACCUCCUCAGACCUCCUGUUAGAGGGAGCUCCGUAGCCACGGAAGACUCCUCUGUCCUGUCUGAAUGAGCUUGGACACGUGGCGCAUGGUUGUCAGGACCAUUUUGGUGGUGCCCCAAUGUUACCACACAUGCAUAAUGGGAGGCCCAUUGGCUUUAGCACUGUUAAAGACCAUUAGAAGACGCUGGUGCCAUUUGAACAAUAUAUGUAAACGUUCCUGUAUGACUGUAAUCUACAUAAGCUAUAGUAUGGCAGAGAAAGGUACGGCUUGAUGUUUUUUAUCUCAAUCUCAAUACAGAUAUCCCCCAUGAAAAUGUGCUACUGUAUAAUACUGUGGAACUUACUACAAAUUGAGAUGUUCUGUAUUCUGCUGUAGUACCCUAUUUAGUACUCUUUAAUUGCUGCACACUGUACUGAUAUUCCAGUGUGAAUUUGCAUAAUUAUGCCCCAUCCGUUCCAUAUCCCGCUUGUGCCACUUAUGAGAGUAAAACCCUCACAUCUGGACCCUGUGUUGUGUUCCACAAACGUCGCAGGGAACACCAGCAUGUGAUCACAGUCCUACCUCCAUACAAGAUGUGGAAAAUGUGUGAUUUUAGCAAUUUCUGCAAAAGUGCUACAGCAAAUAUUAGAGUGUAGUAGAAUAAUACUAUGGUAUUAUGUUUUCAUGGGAUUUUACUAAGUCCAGCACACUGUAACCUUUGAUGACUUGUUUAUGUAGAGCCAAACGUGACUGGUGACUGUUCAGUUAGUUACUCUUGUGAUAGUAAGCCAAGAGUUGACACUGUAUUAAUUCAAAUUAGGUGUUUGUAAAUAUCUCCACUUGAUUAGUUUAAUUUAUUAAGAACAAAUGGUCUCUUGAAAUAGGAAACGUUUUGUAGAUAAAAUUGUUUAUGAUGCAGCUGCAUGUUGAUGCUCGUGUCUAAGAUCUACAGCAGACGAGCACAGUGUGGAAUAUAUUGGCAAUAAUAUCUAGUGUAUAUAUUGUGUGAAUUAAACGGUGUAUAUGGGCUAUUUUAUAAAAGAAACUGAUAUCAAAUUGUAGCCAUUAAUUCCCGGAGAGGUGAAUAUGAAUUUCACAUAUUAGUGAACUAUCUGACAUGAAUGUGGCCAGCAUGAUAGAAAUUCAAUAACGUAUAAUUAAAGGUAUUUAAUCUCAAUAAAGUUGUAUUCAGCUUGUGGCAAAUUA